AUGCACCGCUUUCCAUCUGCUCCUCUAGAAAGUGAUCUGCCACCACAAGAAACUCAUUUGCUGCCACUUGAUAAUGCUCUAAUGGCUUCUUCUCGACCUCACCGUGAUCAUCAUCCACCAGCUAAGUAUUCAUAUUAUCUUUUUUAUUUAACUAAUAUGUUGUCAUUACAUGAGCCUUCAUCCUAUAUAGAGGCUUCUGCAAAUCCCUUGUGGCAGCAAGCCAUGUCCGAGGAACUAGAUGCCCUGGCAAAAACAAACACGUGGGAACUUGUGCAACUGCCUCGUGGUAAAAUCGCAAUAGGGUGCAAAUGGGUUUAUAAGAUUAAAACCAAAUUUGAUGGUUGUAUUGACCUGUACAAGGCUCACCUUGUUGCUAAAGGGUUUAAUACGGAAUACGGAGUCGACUAUGCAGAGACCUUUGCUUAUGUUGCUCGUAUGCCUUCUGUUCGAACUCUCAUAGCAGUUGCUUCAGUCCGCCAAUGGACACUUCAUCAAAUGGACGUUAAAAAUGCAUUCAUUCAUGUUGAUCUUCAUGAAGAAGUUUAUAUGAAACCACCUCCUGGCUUUCCUCAUUCCCCUAAUCAAGUAUGUAAACUUCAAAGAGCUUUAUAUGGGCUUAAGCAAGCUCCACAAGCGUGGUUUGAGAAAUUUCGCACCUUUAUUCUUACAUAUGGAUUCUCUCAGAGUCCUCAUGAUUCUGCCAUGUUCACUUGCACCUCCGAUCAUGGCAUUGUUAUUCUUCUUCUUUAUGUAGAUGACAUGGUCAUUACUGGCAGUGACUUAGAUGGUAUUCAAUGUCUUAAAUCUCAUUUGCAGGCAUGUUUUGAAAUGAAAGAUCUUGGCCAGCUUCGAUAUUUUCUUGGUUUAACUGAUUCAAAGGUUGUCAACACCCCACUUGAGCAAAAUGUUAAACUCCAUGCUUCUGAUGAUAUUAGUCACGCCGUUCACAUUGUGAGUCAAUUUAUGGCUGCCCCACAAUCAGUGCACUUUGUUGUUGUGCUUCACAUCCUACGAUUGGGCUGGAGAUAUCACUUAUCGUCGUUCAACUACUGGAUUUUGUAUCUUGGCGAUUCUCUGAUUUCUUGGAAGAGUAAGAAACAAACAGUGGUUGCUCGUUCUAGCGCUAAAGCUGAAUAUCGUGCUCUAGCUCAUACCACUUCUGAAGUUCUUUGGCUUCCCUGGCUCCUUCAUGAUAUGGGUGUCAUUCUUCCUUCAUGUACUUCUUUGUUUUGUGACAAUAAGAGUGCUAUUCAAAUUGCCCGUAACGAUGUGUUUCAUGAGCGCACCAAGCAUAUCGAGGUUGAUUGCCACUUCAUUCGCCACCAUGUCUCCCAAGGGACUAUUUCUCUAUUCUAUCUUGCCUCUGAGCACCAGUCUGCAUACCUCUUUACUAAGUCUCACUCAGAAGUACGUUUCUGGUUUUUGUUAUCCAAACUUCACAUGCUUUCUCGAGCAUCUUCCGUUUGA